AUGAUCUCCGAUCUGCCACAGGAUUUGAUAGAAGAGAUACUGUCUAGGGUUUCGGUGACAUCUCUGAGACGAUUACGUUCUACUUGCAAACUAUGGUACCAUCAAGUUUUAUUCAAAGAUCCUCGAUUCAUCAAAAAAUACUCUGACAAAACAGCAAGGCAGUAUCAUGCUCUCAUACUGACUGAUUAUACGGUAUGUUCAAUGAGCUCCGUUCUCGAUAGAGUUAAGGAAAGGAUCAGCUUGUCUUCAGUUGGGCAUCGCCUAACUUUGCCCCACUGUAAUGAAUUAGUCGAUUUAUUUAGAGCCUUUCACUGCGAUGGCAUAUUGCUAUGCAGAAUCUGUAGGAAGAACAUGAUUGUGGUUUGGAACCCGUUUUCGGGGCAAACCAGAUGGAUCCAACUGCAAAAUCAGUUCCUCGAAACCUUUGCCCUUGGAUACGACAACAAGGAAUUGUUCCGUAGCUACAAAAUCUUGACGUUUUUCCCGUAUAGAUCAGGACGCGACUUAAAACGCGACGUAAAAGUGGAAAUCUAUGAGUUUAGGUCUAAUUCAUGGAGGAAUCUUGAUACGACCAUCCCCCAUGGAGCCUACUUAAAAACUCACGAUGGUGUGUCUUUAAAUGGAAAUACUUAUUGGGUGUCGUGUAAUAAAAAAGGAGACAAUGACUACUCACUACUCAGUUUUGAUUUUUCAACAGAAACGUUUCAACGUUUGUGUGCUCCUUUUCAUCAUGAGCCAAGCUAUAUCGAUGGUACUAUGGCCCUCUCGGUUGUUAGAGAAGAACGUCUCUCGUUCUUAUAUCAGAGUAGCAAGACACUAGAGGUGGAAAUAUGGAUGACCGAUGAGAUUGAGACCACAUCUGUGUCGUGGAGCAAGUUCUUAAGAGUAUAUUUAAAUUUCCUUCGUUUGUCGUAUUCCGUGAGCUUCUACAUUAUCGACGAGGAAAAGAAAGUUGUCGUGUAUUGUGAUGAAGUAGUGCCUGUAAUGGCAAAUUCGAGAUACAUCAUGACGUGGAUUGUUAAAGGAGGAGAAAAAUAUAGAGCAUCAGCCGAUAUUACAGUUGAUCGUGGCAUACAAGUAUGGCCUUUGCGAUGUCAUAGUUUUCCAAGAUUGUUUGGUUAUGUUCCAAAAAAUUAG